UCUUGAAAAUCACAUUGGUCAUUUCGGGUUAGGGUUUUUGCGAAUUCUUCAGAUUCUUUUGAAGAACACGAAAACAAUGUCGUCAUCGUCGCCGUCGCCGUCGACGAAGAAUGUUACGCUAAAGUGCGACGAUGGAGCGGAGUUCGUGGUGGAUGGAAGGGUGAUGCUUCAGUCGGAGGUCCUUCGGCACAUUUGGGAAGAGACUGAGUGCGAUUGUGUGGUACCAGUUCCGAAUGUGAAGAGCAAUGUUAUGGCCAUGGUUCUUGAGUUCUGCAAGAAACAUGCCAAAGCCACAAUCGCUUCCGACGCUGUCGAAGCCCUCUUCAUCUGUAAUCCCGAAAACCUACGCAUCAAGGAGGAACUUAGGAGUUGGGACGUUGAAUUUAUCAAAGUCGAUGAUCCUGACAUUCUUUUCGAUCUUGUGUCUUUUUCAACUUUCCAGGCUGCUCAACUUCUGAACAUUGGGAAACUCCUUGAACUAAGUUGCCAAGGUAUUGCAAACAUGAUUAAGGCGAGGACACCAGAACAGGUUCGUGAGCUUUUCAAGAUCAAGAAUGACUAUACUCCUGACGAACUAGAGAAGGUUCGUAAGAAUAUAGAAUUUAUAUUGGGACCAGAUGAAGGAAGUUCGUAAGGAUCGAUCAUAUGGAAUCUAUAUUAGGACAAGUUUUUUGGGCGAUGUGCACAUAUCAUGAUAGGACUGUUGAUAUAGGAAUUUGGAAGAUGCUUUCUAGUGAAGAAGAGCUUAGAAGUUUUUUUUUCUUAGUUUGAUCUUUGAUUAGGUUAAUUUUGGAAUAUUUCUAAGAUUUCAGCAAGGACUAUUUUGUG